UUGGAUCCCAGGCCUGGGAAGCUCUCAGGGCUGGAUGUUUCCACGUGUGGGUCACCAGAGAGCAGGGCUCUGGCUGUGUAGCCUGGGAGAGGAGUGGGCUGGGCCUCCUGGAAGUCAUCCCUGUUCCCUUCCCUUCUGUGGGCAUCUCCACCCUUCCACGCCGUGCUGGACAUUUCCUUGGUGCAGAUGCUGCACUCAAAAACUCUCUUCUUAAGAAGCUGUAUCCGUGCAAAUGCCUCCUGAUCCAGGUCUCAUGGUACCAAGUGACGUGUCCCCCCUGUGAGAGUCGUGCCCCCAACCUCCUGAGAAGAUGUCAGGGAUGCAGGCCGUGUGGCCGUCUGGUACAGAAUGUAUCGCCAAGUACAACUUCCACGGUACCGCCGAGCAGGACCUGCCCUUCAGCAAAGGAGACGUCCUCACCAUUGUCGCUGUCACCAAGGAUCCCAACUGGUACAAGGCGAAGAACAAGGUGGGCAGGGAGGGCAUCAUUCCCGCUAACUACGUCCAGAAGCGGGAAGGGGUCAAAGCUGGCAUCAAGCUCAGCCUCAUGCCGUGGUUCCACGGGAAGAUCACGCGGGAGCAGGCGGAGAGGCUGCUGUACCCCCCCGAGACGGGGCUGUUCCUGGUGCGGGAGAGCACCAACUACCCCGGGGACUACACGCUGUGCGUCAGCUGCGAGGGCAAGGUGGAGCACUACCGCAUCAUCUACUCCUCCAGCAAGCUCAGCAUCGACGAGGAAGUCUACUUCGAGAACCUCAUGCAGCUGGUGGAGCAUUACACCACGGACGCGGACGGGCUCUGCACCCGCCUCAUCAAACCCAAGCUGAUGGAGGGCACGGUGGCAGCGCAGGACGAGUUCUCCCGCAGCGGCUGGGCCCUCAACAUGAAGGACCUCAAGCUGCUACAGAUCAUUGGCAAAGGAGAAUUUGGAGGUGAGCCCGCUGUCCCCAGCCCGUGGUGGCCCUGGUUGGGGGGGGAUCCUCUGUAUAGCCCCCACCCCAGGGUGCUGGUGGGGCUGCAGGAGGCUGGGAUGCUUCCCAGUGCCUCCUGUGUCCGUCUCUCUUGGCCUGCAGACGUGAUGCUGGGGGAUUACCGGGGGAACAAAGUCGCCGUGAAGUGCAUUAAAAACGACGCCACAGCGCAGGCCUUCCUGGCAGAGGCGUCCGUCAUGACGCAGCUCCGACACAGCAACCUGGUGCAGCUCCUGGGGGUGAUUGUGGAGGAGAAGAGUGGCCUUUACAUCGUCACCGAGUACAUGGCCAAGGGCAGCCUAGUAGACUACCUGAGGUCGCGUGGGCGGUCGGUGCUCGGGGCAGACUGUCUGCUCAAAUUCUCCUUAGAUGUCUGUGAAGCCAUGGAGUACCUGGAAGCCAACAACUUCGUGCACCGGGACCUGGCGGCGAGGAACGUGCUGGUCUCGGAGGACAACAUCGCCAAGGUCAGCGAUUUUGGGCUCACCAAGGAAGCCUCCUCCACACAGGACACAGGCAAGCUGCCCGUCAAGUGGACGGCACCAGAAGCACUUAGAGAAAAGAAAUUCUCCACCAAGUCGGACGUGUGGAGCUUUGGGAUCCUCCUCUGGGAAAUCUACUCCUUCGGGCGAGUGCCUUAUCCGAGAAUUCCCCUGAAGGACGUGGUGCCCCGCGUGGAGAAGGGCUAUAAGAUGGACGCUCCGGACGGUUGUCCGGCCGUCGUCUACGAGGUGAUGAAGAAGUGCUGGACCCUGGACCCCGGCCACCGGCCAUCUUUCCACCAGCUCCGUGAACAGCUAGUGCAUAUCAAAGAGAAGGAGCUCUACCUGUGAGAGGGGGCUCUGCCACCCCACGGCCACAGGGGACCCACGCUAGGGGGGGACCAGGGUGUGGGUAGCCCCCCCUGGCCCACCACAGCACCAGGAGGGAGCCCCGGGGGUGUUUCCCCCACCCCCCCAAUUCCCCCGGUUGCUUCCAAACUUCCAAAUCUGUCAGUUUUUAUUUUCUAGGUUUGGGUUUUUUGUUUGUUGGUUUUUGUUUUGUUUUGUUUUGUUUGUUGUUUUUUUUUUUUGUCUCCCACGCUUUUUUUUUAUUUUUGUGGGUGUUUUUUUGUUGUUUUCUCAGUUUUCAGGGGUGUUUAUUGUUUUGGGGUUUUGUUUUGAUUUUUUUUUCUUGUCGUCGUUUUUUUAUUAUUUCAAGCAGGGCCCAGCUGAGCAUUGGGCAUUUUACUAAAGUACGAAUCUUAUUUUUUAAUGUAAUUAAAAGAAGAAAAAAAAAGAAAAAAAAAAGACAGAGAGAAGAAGGUCGUUAAAAGGAGAAUAAUAAUAAAUAAACCAAUGAAAUGGACACAUGAAAAGGAAACCCCCAGCGACAGAAGUGAUGGUUGACGGGGAGACGCUGGACUCCGCUGUGUCCCCGCCAGACGCUUUUAUUUUUAUUUUUAUUUUGGGUUGUUUUGCUUUAAACUCGUUGCAAUGUUUGCAUGCUGUCUCCAGAGGCCUUUUUUUCCAGUCCUGUCCAGUGCUUUAUUCUCAUGUAAUGCUACCAACUGUGAGAUUAAAAAACUGUAAUAAAAAAAAAA